GUGAUUUUUGUUAAUCUACUCUCUAAUUUUUUUACAAAAUGUUCAAAAUAAUUUUAGUCUUGAGUUUUCUUCAAGGCUUUUUCUCAGUAUAUUGUAAGUGUCCAUCUCAAUGUUAUUGUAGACAUAUUAAACCACAAGCAGAAUGGCUGAAAGUAGUUUGUAAAGAUAAAAUAGAAGAUAUAAAAGAGAUUGAUUUUAAUUUAAUUAGUAUUGAAAUGAUACAUUUGUUUAAUAUAUUUAGAGCGAUUAACGGAAAUAAAAUAGAAAUAUUAAAAGAGGGUACUUUUCAUGGUUUGUCGUUAUUAAAAGAAUUAGAUGUUUCUGCAAAUCCAUGGAAUUGUGAUUGUAAUCUAUUUUGGUUUAGUUAUUGGAUACAAAAUAAUUCAAUAAAAUUAAGUCCACCACCAGAGUGUUAUUUUCCAUUAAGUUUAAAAGGAAAAUUAGUGAAGAAAUUACAAGACAUUAAAGCAUCUGAAUGUAAGUGGUCAACACCAACUAUUGAAAUUGUGCCUGAACAAAAUCAAGUUGUUUUUGCUGGUGAUACUAUAACUUUAAAAUGUCAUGCACCUAGCAUUACAAGUGAUAGAUUUGCUAGAUUAAGCUGGUUAUGGAAUUCAAAUAUUACUUCUGACAUUUUAGACCUUGAUUUAUAUGAUAAUCCACAAAAUAUUUUCAUUAAUGUUGAGAUUAAAAAUAAAUAUAUUGACAAUAGUGGUAUUAUUUCAAGUUCACUCAGUAUUAAUCCAGUUACAGAAGAGCACAAUGGACAGUGGAACUGCCUUUUAGUUUCAGCUUAUGGAAACAUAUCACGAGUAAUAAAUGUCAUUGUUAUAUCUAAUCACACUCAGUAUUGUCCUUUAACAGUGACAAGAAGUAAUAAAGGAGUAUAUGCUUGGCCACGAACUAUAGUCGGAUGGACAGUAGAAUUGCCUUGUGAGGGUAGUAGUUUACCUGUUAAUUUCAUUCAAUUUCUGCCAAGAGCGUCUUAUGAGUGCAAUAGUACUGGAUAUUGGCAGAAUUUAAAUACUAAGUCCUGUCCAUAUGUGUCAGCCACAACAAAAAUACUUGAGCAAUUUUCUACGGUUAAUAUGUCUUUAACAAAGUUAUCUCUUCCAAAAGGUUCUUUAUUAGAAACAAUAAAGAAAUUGAAAAAUAUUACUGGUGAAGGAGUUUCUUUGACUGAUCCCAUAGAAAUUAAUUUUGUGACUAAAAUUCUUGAAAAUUAUGUAAGUUAUUUAGUCGAAGAGAAAGAAUUAGGUACUAUGUUAAUUGAUGUAGUGAAUGUGCUCUUAAAUUUGCCGAAAUCAAUGUUAAAAGCUGCAGAAAUUAGCUAUGAGGUCUGCACAAGAAUAAUUAAAACUGUUGAACUUAUUGUGGAGACUACGCCAUCUAGUCAACUCAUACAAUUACAUAAGAAAAAUAUGGCUCUAGAAAAAUAUCGAGUGAAGGCUGAUAAUUUUGUGGGUCUGACUUGUACUUGGUAUAGUAAUUCCCAAAAUAUAUAUGUAAAGCUUUUGCAUUGUUCUAUGAGUAACAAAACUACAAUAGUUAAUACAAAUGCUGGUGAAACAAUGAUAGAAGCUUCUGUACAACUUCCUGCUUCACUUUUUCAAAAUAUAAAAAGCAGCACAUUAUAUCAUCAACUUAUGGUAUCAAUGUAUACUAAUAAUAAAUUAUUCCCUAAACUAAAUGAUAAAGACAAUAUAGAUGUGACUUCAAGCAUUGUUGGUAGUAAAAUAAUUGGAACAGUUGUUCAUAAUCUUACAGAACCUGUAUAUAUCAUGUUGAAAGCACCUUUGAUCCGCUAUGCUAGUAGCAAACCAAUACCAGUAGUAUGGAAUACAUCCUUAAAUAAUAAAACUGGAGGUUGGACUAGUGAUGGCUGCCACUUAUCAAAUUUUCUUAAUAAUUUAAUUAUCUUUCAUUGUGAUAGACUUGGUUAUUAUGGGUUAUUACAAGAUAAAUCAUUUGUUCAUAAAAAUGGUAGAAGUAUUACAGGUGCCAAAUUCAAGUACUCAAAUCCUGCAAUAUAUGCAGGAAGUUUUAUAUUGGUUGUAUGUUUAAUUUGCACUACAGUAACAUAUAUCUGUUGCUAUACAUCAAUAGCAAUGCCAAAAAAAGCAAAACAUUGUAUUAUUAAUACAUGGAUUAUUAUGGCUCUUCUAUGUUUUCUUUAUAGUUCUGGUAUACAACAGACUGAUAAUGUAGAAAUUUGUCGAGUGGUUGGCAUUGGUUUACAUUAUUUGUCAUUAUGUUGUUUAUUUUGGAUGACAGUUUCUGCAAGCAAUAUGUACAAACGCUUAUCAAAAUCAACAAUGGAUUCAAUGACAGAUGAUGAUGGGCUUCGUGAAAAACCAAUACGAAAGCCACUUUUUGGACUUUAUCUCGUCGGUUGGGGUAUAGCUUUGAUAAUAUGCGGCAUUUCAGGAGCAAUUAACUUACGUGAACAUGGGAACUACUCAUACUGUUUUUUUACUUCAACUCCAUCUCUCGCUGCUCUUUUUGUUCCCGCCACUGUACUUCUUAUAUAUUUGACAAUUUUACACAUGCUUAUACGAUGCUCGAUUAGAAAUGUUGAUCUUAAUGGACAACUGUCUGAAGGUACGCAAGCAACCGAGAAUGUUGAUCUUGAACUACUCGAGCCUAAUCCAAAUUUGGUCUGUGAUAGGAUCAGUUUACAUAGCUCACAGGCUGUGUCAUCCGAAGUCGAGGAUCAGGAACAUUCUCAGAUGACUCAAUUGAAAGGACUCAUCGUUGUUAUGAUACUUUACUUAAUAGCUUGGCUAUGCGCUGCUAUGACCACAGGAAAUAUUUUAUUCCUAUACAUGCCUUAUAAAGAAACAUUGUUUGCAAUAUUAUAUGCUAUAUCUGCAAGUUCAUUAGGGAUGUUCAUAUUAUUAUUUUAUGGAAUAGCACGAAGCGAUGUUAGAGCUCAAUGGUUGAACAUGGGAUGUUGGUUAAAACAGAAGAAUAGAUGUUGUAGAACAAGAAAUAUUUAUGACACUAAUCUCACUAUUCCUAUACAGCCACUAGUGUCAUUAACAGCUGCACAUCUUUCUAAUUCACAAGCUAUGCAAGUAAUUUCUGACUCUAUUUCUCUUGGGUCCUCACGAAAUACACAAAAAUCGCAAAGUAGCUGUAAUACAUUUAAACUAAUUUCCAACGAAUCAAACCAUUGUCAUGUUAGAUCAAAUUUCGUGGCCAACGCUGAUCUCGUAAUUCUACAUCGACAACAGUAUCGCUCUAAUAAUACUGCAACAACCUUCAACACAGAAUCCGUACCAGCUUCUGUCGAAAGAUUUUAUAAUCCGCAUCAGAGUGGUGUAGCUCGAAAAUUCUUUAAAAAACAGCGACGCGACAUGAUGAACAGUAAUUUUGCUUCGAGGAAACAAAAUGAUGGUGGUACAAUAAACGGUAACGAAAGAUGUAUUAGUAUACGAAAACGUUCGAUCAAGCUGGAUGGCAAUAUUGAAAGUAGUAUAUUAGGAAGUAGUGCCAAAGUUAACAAUACCAACAUACAUGUGGAAAUAAAUCCGGUGAACUAUGCUAAAAAUAUUAAUAUUUUAUCAGAUAUUGGUGAAAGUAUAUCUGAAGAUAGAAAUCUUUCCUUAAGAUAUGUUAUUGGGCAAGAAAAGUUGGGAAAGAAUAUUGGAAUCGUAAAUACUGAUGUUUCAAUUGUCCAAAAUGGUGCCUGUCGACCGAAAUAUCAGUUGAUGACGAACUAUGCAACAUGUAUAAGUCCCUAUAAAUCUGUUAAAGCCGAAAUGACAAUAGGAAUGGCAAAGAAGAUACGCAAUGCUUCACAGCGAUUCAAUUUGGAGUGCAAUUCUGAAAUCGAAUCGACAUCACAGUUAGUACGAAAACGUAGUGAACACAGUAUUUCACAGUUAAUAUUGUCAAAAUCCAUUAAUAUUUCUUGUACGAAAUUGAAUAUCGAUGAAACAAUAUCUAAGGAAAAAGAUCAGAAAAAUAUGAGAUUCGAUAAUUUAUGUAAUCGUUGCUCGGGAAGCUUGAGUUCACUUCCUUUAAAUCAGCGUUCAAUUAUUACCUUACGGAAUCGUUAUCGAAGUUCUUUUAAUGAUUUAACGUGUUUGGAAAACUUGCCAAUUACAUGUGAUCGAUUACAUCUCGAAAGGAUUCUUUUUGAGCCUAACUGCAUCAAUAGUUUGGAAAAGCAGAAUCCUAAAAUUCGACCCUUCUCUGUGACAACUUUAACAGCACCAACAUCGGAUAACAUAAUCAAUUUGGAAAAUAAAGUAUCCGGUAACGUGACAAAAGUUAUGAUAGCAGUCGUUAAAGAUGAUGAACCUAUGUUAGGUAACAUUGUAGAGCUCUACGAUUUAGAUCAGAGGAAUGAUGAGAAUAGUCUUCGCGAAUUUCAUAAGAAAUUACAUCAUACUAAAAGUAAGGAACACAGCCGAGAGAUGCCUGAUAACAACCACGAGCAUGAUAAGUUAACACAAACUAAGAUAAAUAUUAAGAAGGAAACGAGCGUAUAA